GCGUGACAAUUGCGACAGUUUUGUCCGUUUGGCGCUCAAACAUGGCCGCUGGGGUUGGAGACGAAUUCAAGGCAUUACUCACAGAAGCUUUGAUCAAUCCACAAAUUUAUAACAGCUAUAGCAUGGAACAAUUUAAACAACUCUUUCCAAGAAAAUACCGGGACCAUAAAGAUGUGAAGGUUUUGUACGAAGCCUAUCAAAGAAAGCGAAUACAAACAAGAGAUAGAGUCCAGAUGAAUGUAAGAUCGUUUUGUAGGCAACGUGAUCAACAGGACGAUGCAAGUGACAGUAAACGUGAGGGUGACAUAUUGGAAUUAGAACAAAGAGAAGUGGUCCUGCAGGAUGAAAUAAAUUCAAUGCAACAAUAUAUUGAUGAGAUUCAAGACAAACUCGGGAGUUGUGCAGAUGCCUUGGAAAAAAGAAACUUGUUCUUUUCUGGCUUGCACACAACAGAUUUUGAUAUCGGCAAAUUUAACAAUAAAAAUUUGCAAAACACUGACACAUAACUCUAAAAGGUUUCUAAAAAACAUUCCUAUAAGAAGAAAGACAAAUGCCACUGGUUUGUAAAAAAGGGAACUGUUUGAACAAAUCACUUUUGCAAAUAUUCCUUGUCAAUGACAAAUAAAAUAGAGAAAUAAUUUUUAAUCUACAUCUACACUACCAUCCUAUUUACAAUGUAUAAUAAUUGUUUACACUGAAGAUUUGAUAUACAUCACUUCUUUUUAGUUAUCUUUUUAAAACUGCCACUUUCCAUGCAUGUGGUUGAUAUAUUGAGUUAACGUGCAUGUUCAUGAAAAUUAGAAAAUGUUUAAGAUUAAAAAAAAGACAACUGUUAUCAUAACUUUUUGGUAAAUAUGCGAUAUUGUCCUAGAAGAGCAAGAUAUCCUGAAUACAUUUAUGCAGAAAGAAAUUAAAGAAGAGUAAAUUUG